GCCGUGAGGGCCGGCCCGCCCGGCAGCGAGGCGAUGAACCGGCGGGUCCUUUCCCUGCGAGGCGCUCUAAGAUGGCGGCUGAAGGACAGCUGUUGAGUUGGGAUGCUUCACCCAAAAAUGGCAAAGAAGUGUUUUUCUCACGUGAAACGUAUGAAAAAUAUUCCCUGGCUCCGAGCCUCUUGGAACUGUGGAAUUUAUCGAACAGAUUGGCAAAGAAAGAUGUGGAGAUAUUGGCAAAUUCUUCAGAAAACAAACAGAUUGGUAACAUACAGGCUACAAAUGCAGUUGGGGUGGUGACUAAAACCACAACUGAUGAUCAUCCUUUUCCAGAACCUAGACUUCCCUAUCCAUUUACCUCCUGUCUGACUGAGAAGGAGCAGAAAACAUAUUUAUAUCUGAUGACUAAGUUCUCAAAAACACCAAAUCAUUUUCCUCUCAAUGCAGCAAGUCAAAGAGAGUUACUGAUGUAUCUGAAAAUGAAAGAAGUAGUAAACAGUGAGGUUGCAGAAUUUAUGAAGUUCGCCCAAAAUGCUGCAAAGAGCUGUACUCAGGACUAUGAUUGUAUCUCUGAAGAUGCUCUGCUUUAUACUGAGGAAUUAUUCAGGGCUUGUAUUGGACAUGUGAAAAAGUAUCCUGAGUUUUACAUGUUACAUGAGAUAAUGAGCAUCAUGGGAGGAAAAUUUAACACGCAGUUGACCUUUAAGCUGGAAAAAAAUCUUCUUGUAAUGGGUACAGCGAGAUAUGCUAAGACAGCAUUCCCUACCAUGCCUGUUCAGCUCUGCACAGAUUAUAAAACCGUUACAUCUAUUAUAACUCCAGAAAAAAAGGCUUCUCUUAUCCACAAUGAUAUUAGUUCAGAUUCAAAUGCAGAAAAGCUUGCUUUGAAAUACUCCCCUCAAGUUGUUCUAAGUAAUCAGUCAUUAUUUACAUUGCUGAAUAAUCAUGGAUUAAACUACAAGGAACAGUGGGAAAUUCCAGUUUGUGUUAAGAUGAUCCCUGUUGCAGAUAACAAAGCAGCUAAAGUGGUUUUUGUUGACUCACCUCUCCUGAAAAAGGAAAUGACAAUAAGAGAGAGGAACCAAAUAUUCCAUGAAAUUCCUGCAGACUUCCUAGCAACUAAGAAGUCUUACAUUGCGAUUUCCGAUGUUUCAAUGGACAAACCAGAUGAGGACAAUCUGUUUCAGUGGGAUGUGUCUGCUGAUACCUACCAGUGCAGGAAGAUUCCAUUUACACAUGAUGCAGGGAUGGAUUUUGAUGAUGAUUUUACAGAACUGGAAACUUUUGGAGCAGCUGUCAAACUUUCAAGGACUUCUAAAACAGAAAACACUUGUUCAGUUGGUAACACUGAUAAAGUUUUGUCAUGUGACUUACAACCAGAAAAAAAACUGACAUCUACCACAAACAGUGAAGCUCAAGAGAGAAAAACUCCUCUUUCUGAACAGGGAUUUUCAGCGUAUUCCAGAUUGCAGCUUCCAUCAUGUGGCAAUGUAUGCUUCAGCCCUGAAGGAAAUUGGUCUCAUAAAAACUUUCAUUCUGAGGAGAUGGAGUUGAAGAAAGCACAGGAUGUCAUGACCAAAAAAGUAUCAGACAAUGAAACAAAUACUUUAUAUCCUGCUGUAAGUUGCAAAAAAGACUCUCAUGCUGCACAGAAAAAUGAGAUAUAUGCUCCUUUAUGCAGUAGUGACACCGACGAAGAUCGUUUAAUAAUUGAUAUAGAGCAUAAAAAUACUGAAUGCAAAAAAACUGUUCCAAAUGCUGUUUCUGAGACCUUGGUCCAGACUUGCAAGUCACCUUCCCCCACCCCAAAUCCAUCUGCAGGCAUGGCUGAUUGCUCAGAAACUGUGCAUCAGGGGAAAAAUGCCUCCAGAAAGGCUGCAAGAAGGUUGUCCAAAGAAUUUGAUCCUGUUGGACGGAUUUUGAAAAUGCAAACGGAGCUCCUCAAGUCACCUACCCAAAAAGCCCAUGAGCAGCCAGCAAUGAGCUGUGAUAAUGCUAAUGCUGCACAAACUCACGUGCCUCAGUCUUCAAAGCCACCAGUGAUCUCCCACACAGCACCUGUGCUGGGCCCUGCCCCAAAUCCUCAUGGCUCAUCUAGGAAUACCUGGACGUGCCUUUUUCAGGGGGUGCCAAGGAGAAAGCUGCCAGAUGAACUUCAGAUGCUUGUGGAAGACCCUGGAGAGUAUAAAGCACCUCAGGAUGGCAACCUUGUGUAUAAGCUGUUCAGUUUGGAUGACCUGUUGUUACUUGUGCGUUGCAAUGUGCAGAAAGUGAGAUCAUUGCCACGUUUCAAUAAAAAGAAGAAAGCUCAAAAGCUUAUUCCAAUAUUCCUGUUGCCUAAACUGGAAUACCAAGCCUAUUAUGGUGUUGAAGCUCUUACAGAAAGUGAAGUAUGUCAGCUGUGGACAGAGAGCAUGCUUCAUUCUGAAUGCUUAUUUUAUAUUGGGCAUAUUGAUGGUCUGACAUCAAAACUUAUUAUGCUAGAAAAGAUUUCUCCAAAAAUAUUAAGAGAAAAACUUGGAUUGAUUAAGCCAGCAAAUUCAUUGAAUAUACUUCAUCACAUUUUGAAGAAAGUGUCUGAUUUGCAGGAGGGCUCUUAUCUAUUGACUCAUGCUGCAGGAGAUUCAUCAGUUACAAUCUACAAGAGUUCCCUUGACAAGCCAACAAGAGCUUCGUAUAACCUACAUAAGGCUCAUGGUGAUCUGCCUACAGUACCUGCCAUGCUCUCAGUCCCCUGGGUGCCACUGGAUCCCAGUCUCCCUUUGCCCUAUCACAUGAAACAUGGAAGAGUCCCAUGCACCUUUCCGCCUGCGCCCCAAGAAGCCACGGGGAAACAGAAGAUGGCUGGGGUGAAAGGGCAGUCAGACACACCCUACGAGGGAGAGCUAACUAUGGAAACAAAAGGCAAUCCAGCUAAGCCUGUUAGAAACGAAGGUGUGGCUGCAAAGAAGCUGAAGAAUCACUGCAAACAAAGAAUGAUGAAGAAAAAGUGGAAAAUGAAGCAAAACAAAACACAGGUGAAGUAGGAACUGAACUGUGCUAAGCAUGGACUGGGGAAGUUCAAAAUGGAACAACGAAUCUGAGGGCUUUUGAAGUUUCAAAGGAGCCAGAACAAACCGGUAGGGGAAACAGCUCCACAGCCAUAUUUAGGAACACUGAAAAGUUCUAUAAACCAUUAACCCCUUCUUACCUUAGUGGGCACGUUUCAAUUGAAAAAUCUUAAAUUCAGUUGGGUGUAAAACAAACAAACAAAAAAAAUGAUGAGUGCCUCCUGUUGAAGUCAGCGGAAAAAGUACGACCUGUUAGUCUCACCAUUUUCAUAGAAUAACAACAGCUGGAAGCAUGAAGAUGCAGUGGUCUACAACAGUGUCUGAUAUGGCAGCAACAAGAAAAGCAACUCUUCAGUUUGCUUACUUCUUCCAGAAUCACUACAGAUUUGUAUUCUGGCAAUUUUAAAUCAUAUUUUACUUUACGUGGUAUAGCUAAGAGAUUUAUCUAGUUAAAUUUUUAACAUAAUAUCUUCCAAUUUUUUACAAUUAUUUACUAAAACACAUUCUCUUUUUAGGAUGGUGUAGCAAAUGAGUCUGGGGAAACAAAAGCUGUGUUUUGUAGAAAAGACAUGCCAUAAAUUUGCACUGGAAAGCCUAAGCUUUGCUAAUAAGCAAAGUAUGAAACAGUUUCUGCUUCCCCAGCACAAUUUCCAGGAAUUACUUUGACUUCUAGCAUGUCUUCAAAAAUGAGUAUUGAUGGUUUUUUAUUGCAUUACCGAAAGGUUACAGUCUAAUCUCCUAUCAGAAUGCAGGGCAAUAUGCGGUACUGUUUACUGAGGUAUUAAGGUUUGCCUUAGUUGUCACUGAAAAAAAAACAAACAAGACUAUGCUGAGUCUCAGCAGCUCACUUAGAAUUUUGAGCCAAAUUGAGUGUGAGGUUAGAAAAAGAGUGCACUGAGUGUCUGUUGCAGUUUCCUAGUAAGAAAAAUGAAAUUCUUACAAUGGUCAGUAUUGAAGCACCUUGUUAGCUGUGAUGCAUUUGUAAUUAUUUUCUGGAUUUCUGGGUGUUUUUUAUGCAUUAUGUGUAUAAUUGUGUUUCUUCAUUAGGAGAACUGAUUUUAGAAAAGUUAUGAAUUCUUUAGUCAGUAAAUUUUUCCCAUGUUUGCCUUUUAAAUCGCAGAAGUAUUUUAAAAUGAGCCAAUUUCUGUUUGAAUGAUGUUCCAGUGGGGUGUUUGUGUAUGUGCUUAAACAAAAGCCUUCAAGAUUUUCUUCCACUUCUUUUACUUGGGGACAAAGUUCAUACAUCUGAUUGGAGUUCUUCUCCAUAAUGUGGAAGUUUUGCUGUUGAGUUUUUUUUAUCAUAGAGUAACAAUAAACUAUUUUAUUUGUUUA